AUGAGUGGUGAUCAACACCACAGAGACCAUGUUUCUAGUGUUUUCACCAAUAUAACAAGUCUAGAGCGUUCUCGGCGAAAACCGCUCGCUCAAAAACCCAUAAACCUGUCUCAUUUGGUCCAAACUCAAAAAACACAACAGCGAAGCGUUUCUAAAGACACAGCAGCGAUUUCACGGAGCUCAAUCUCCAAAUUGAUAGUCACACAACGUCAAAAGCGUCCAGAUAAUGCUUUGAAACCGAUGGCUGGUCUUUUAAGCUCAAAUCGCUCUUUACAAUUCGCGAAAUCCGAACACCGCAUUAGACCCCGCCGAAAGACACAAUCGUCAUUUCAAGGUACUGGAAACCUGGUCAAUAAGAUCAUGAAGAGCGUCAAUGCUUUUGAGACAAAUUUGAGACUCCAAAGACAUAGAUCAAAGCCUGUCCAGUUUGACAUUUUCAUCAGCGCAAAGAAAACAAAGCUUCUGUCGCCCACAGAACUCAUGGUCAUCACAGAAGACUCUACUGAGUCGAAUGCGCUCAUACUGCAUAGCCAUACCGUUUCUAACGUUGCACAACGACGAGGAGCCUUCAAACUGCUGUUAAGCUCUCAAUCAAGCUUAACACUAUAUUCGGGUCUCAAAUGGUAUUUUGAGUGGCAGGUGUUAUAA